AUGAAUAUUGACAAUGGAUUGUUCAGCGAGUCUGACGUUUACGUGGCCAUGUCGGAACGACGCGGCGUUGUGCACCGGGUAGUGGCCACCGACAAAGACAGCGGAAUGAACGGUCGCGUGAGAUUCGAGUUGGCAGAGAAGCACUCGAGUUUCUCCGUUGACGAGAAGACGGGAGAACUGUCCAUUGGACAAGCCUCCGUCUUCCCGCAAAACAUCACUAUCCGAGCCUACGACUAUGGCUCUCCUCCUAUGAGCUCGCAACAGAUAUUGAAUAUCCGGUAAGUCCGGAGAUUCUCAAAUCAGAAAUUAUUUUUCGUUUUCAGUGUUUUGAACGAAUCUCGACAGCGGUGGCAUCAUUUCGAUGAAGAGGAAUACGUCAUCGACGUGGACAUAAACACCCGGGAAGACGCCGUCGUGUAUUCUUUUGAUGGUUCGUCUCUAGUGCCGUACGAUGCUUUUUUCUCACUCAUGACGGAACUAGUCAGUUCCCUAGUGUUGAAAGAUUUGUUGUGUAUCUGAGGACAAUAAGAAAUUGCAAAAAACUGAAAAUAGAAGAAGAUUACGUUGAUUGAAAUUGUUCUGAAGUACGUUUCACGGAGAAUUGGUAGAAGUUUCUUCUUUUAAUUUUAUUUUUUUGGUUCGUUCAUUUUUGAAAAUUAUAUUAUCAGUUUGUAUCGUCACAAUUCUUGAUAAUUAACUUUAAUUUUUUUUUUCUUUCUCGCCAUUAAGUUUUUGAAUUGAUAUUCUGUUUUUCACGGCUUGAAAAGGUCUGCUAUCAUUUCAACUUUUGGCGAGCGCGUUAGACCAUUUAUUUUUCUAGGGACGCUUCCAUUGCGACUCGUACCUGAGAGCAGCGUUUUCCGCCUUCGCGGAGCCAACAUCGUCGUUUGUUCGAGCGCUUUGCAGCCGCAAGAGCACCGCUUCACGAUUGUCGCCGAGUCAGACAGAGGCGUCGUCGACUGGGCCCCGGUUUUUGUCCGGGUUCUGCGACCGGCGGCUCCUCCUCCCAGAAUUAGCUCAACGUCGUGUGGCACUGUUUCGGUCGAGGAAGGCAGGUCCGUAAACUCUGUAAAGCGAGUUUUUGCCGUUGACGCUGCGAAAAACGCUACGUACCGUAUACAAGGUACAGUUUUUUUUUAGCCCACGUUCCAAAAAAAUUUUCCAGGUGUUAAACCCGAUUUUUCGAUAAACUCAGCAAAUGGAGUAAUUUCUAUGAACGCGUUGGACAGAGAAAACUUACAAGAGCAUCUCCUAGUGGUCAUCGUCGAGGAUGGAGGCAAAAAUGUACUUCGAUAAAAAGAAUCAAACUAGUGAAGACUUUUUUGAGGACUCUUGCACAGUCAGGGUGGUGGUGACUGACAUCAACGACAAUGAACCUCAAUUUGCUGUUGAAACACCCCAAGAGCUACUUAUAAACAGCUCUCGGAAAGUUGAUGACGUCAUUUUCAGGUGAAUAGGGAACAAAAACUCAGGGCACAGAAAAGAAGAUGUUCAGUCUUCAUGGUUCACAAAGCUAUCCGAAUUUAAGGUUCCGCGCAUCAGACAUGGAUAUUGGAUCGAAUGGUAAAAUAACGUUUGAACUGAUAGAAGACCAAAGCAACGCGCUGGAUUUGAUCCCAGAAACUGGAGAUCUCGUUCUCAGACGGUAUGGCCAGCAUAACGACGUUGUCUGUAGCUCUGUUCUCAGUUUUCCCGCGGCUGGCAGCAAAGAAUGGAUGAUCCGUGUCCGCGUGGCAGACCAAGGAUCUCCACCAAUGGCUUCGGAACGAUUUAUUCGCAUGAAGAAUGAUCUCGCAGCCGAGGAAACGUUGCCCAAACCGGCCUUCCUGCGACAGUCUUACAUUUCUUCGGUUGAUGAGGGACUUCCACGAGGACAGCUCGUCGCCAAGGCAAAUCGAGCAGUCCUGGGCUUUUCCAACCUUCUUUCAGGUGGCUACUAACUUUGGCGACUCACCUGUCACCUACAGCAUUGUCGAGGGAAACCUGGACUCGGCCUUUUCCGUUGGCUUGGACGGCGUCAUCCGAACUGCUCAGGUUACCAUCUUCAAAGAUAUUCUUUACUUUGAACCUUAGGAACUGGACCGAGAAAUCGUGGAGCGAUAUCAUCUCAAGCUGAUCGGUACUGGACAAUGGGCCGGCCAGAUUGAAACACAAGUCGUCGUCAGAGGUAAUUGAAGGUUUUUAAAUUCCAAAAAAAACGCUUAAAUCCGGUUGGAAACUCCUUUUUUUGAAAUUUUUUCGCGAGAUGUUAUUAAUGCACACAAUGCGGCGUUUUUCAUAAUCAAAAAUUUCCCAAUGAGAGUUUAGUUAACAACGUCAAUGACAACCCUCCGUCGUUCCCAGCCCCACGACAGAAAAAAGUCAGCGAAGGUAUGACUGAUGAGGAAACGAAAAAACAAAAUGCCUCUAAGCGCUUCCUGUCGGAUCCUACGUUUUCACUGUUGUGGCGAAUGACGUCGAUGGCUUGCGACCUCUAGAGUACUCCUUAACGAAUAAAAGAGAUCUCUUUCACAUCGACAGGUAAACUUGCUUUCUGCUCGUAGAAAAAGGCCUUUUUCAAUAAUUUUUUGAGAGAUUGAUUUCAGGUUCACUGGAGUUGUUCACUUGCAGUCGCCAUUGGACUACGAACUAGAAAAGGAACAUGUCAUCCGCGUCAACGUCACUGACGGCUUAUUCAGUGCAACCACCACGACUACUGUAGUAGUCCUCGACGCCAACGACAACGCUCCCGUCUUUGCGAAAACUUUCUACGACAUUCAGGUACCACCAUACAUCGGCUGGAUACCACCCCAGCCUUUUGUACGCGAAAAAAAAAAUUUGAAAGUAGGUCGCAGUUUGCAGAGGGCAGGCUGCGCCCCGUGUUGCCUUUUAGCCGCUUAUGAUUGCCAUGCGGCCAACCUUCAUUUUGAAGAUUAAACAUGAAGGGUCAAACCUAUCCGAAUGAAUUUUCUCUAAAAUUUUACUAAUCUUUUGAAAUUUUAAAAAUUUCGUCGAAAUCUAAUCUCAAAACGUUAGAGGUUAUAAUCGUUUUGGUCAAAUUUGUUUUUUGAAGGUUUUGUCACAAAUCUGAAAAAGAUGGUCUUUUUUUCUUUUUUUAAAAACGGAAAGUUUCAUAUGUCAAGAAUUGAGACUAUUCAUUUUAAGACGGAGCCGUUAAUUUCUUUGGAUACUCCUAUCGCACGGAUCCAGGCACACGAUGUGGAUGACGGUCAGAAUGCUCAAUUAGUCUACUUUCUGGCCGACGAUGAGAAACGCUUCAAAAUAGCUCCUGACAAUGGUUGAAAACACGUCCAUUCUUGGAAACCAUUUGCUGAGUUUAGGAACGCUGUACUUCACUCAUUUCCCUGCGCGCAACUCAACGUUUUUGAUAACUGCAGUCGCCAAAGAUCGUGGUAGCCCCCCACUGACGUCAUCUGUAGCCGUAAGAGUUACGGUAGAGAAUGCCACGAAGCAAAAACGACCAGUAUUUUCUAAGCCUGAAUAUGAGUUUGUGGAUCCCAUUUUUCCGAGUGUUUAGCCAAAAAAUUUUAGAUUUGAUGUUCCCGAAAACGUAACAGUUUCAACAGUAAUUGGCAACAUUUCCAAUGAAUUCGAUUUCCUGACUUACCGAGUGGUGGACGUCGAAGCGUCGAAGUUCUUCUUCGUGGACAGAUUGGGGCGGGUGUCGGUGCAGCAAAAUUUGGACCGCGAAUCUCGAGAUAGUUUCACCUUUUUGGUAGGAAUUCGGUAAUUGACGAUCUCAAUUCGAGGUUCUCAGGUCGAAGUAGACUCCGAAACGGCGACAGAAGGCAGAGGCGCUUCGACGGCUAGGGUAGUCGUCCGCAUAAAAGACGUCAACGACAACUCGCCGGUUUUUGGAGUUGCUCCAAUAGUUUUUCUUCGAGACGGCCUACAGAGGGGUGACGUAAUCGCUCAGUAAGCUGUCCCUGUAGGUUUUUUUAUCCGUGGGAAACUCAGACUCAGCGCUAGUGACGAGGAUUUUGGAGAAAACGGACGCGUCAGCUAUCGGAUUUUCGCAGGAAAUGACUAUGGCGUGGUCUCUCUGAACUCAGAGAGUGGCGCUUUGCUCUUUAACGAAUGGAACGACGGCCAGCUCUUUGACUACCCUGACGGUUCCUGGUCUCUUCUCGUUGAAGCCCACGACCACGGAAAGCCAUCGAGGUUUCCUUUCAAAGCCAGAGGAAAAGAGCUCGUGUUUUUUUUCUGGGUUCUUCCACAUAGGAAUCAAAAAGUUCAAUAAUGAAGGCUUCUUCAGAGAAGUUGUCUAUCAAAGUGAUUUUGAAACUCAAAAUCAACGGUUCUUCAAAGUUUGAAUGUAAUUUUCUGAAUAUGCCCCUAUCAGAGUUUUCUCUUGUAUGUGCGUAUUAUUUGUAGAUGGAGCACUUUGACGAUCCCUGUGACUUUGAAGUUGACGUCUUGGAGCGGCACGGCCCCUUUCUUUGUCCUGCCUUCCUACGAUUCACAUGUCUUGGAAGACACGCCCUUGAACAGCGUCAUUGCUCAUGUUAAAGCGAGUAAUAGAUAUGGGUUGCCUAACCGAAACCUAAUCUACUCGAUCAAAGACAACACUGACGAAGUAAACAGAACUGUUUUGGUGUGGGAACUGGGGAACAGUUGCAGAAGUUCGGAAUAGACUCCUCGACGGGAGAGAUGCGGCUCAAGUCUUCCCUCGACUGGGAGUCAGCCUCCUUCUAUAGUAUGUUCGUGUCCGUUUCUGACAGCCAUGGCAGGUCGGCGGUCGUUCCUCUGAAAAUUUUCGUGGAGCCAGUGGACGAGUACGCCCCUGUCUUCAUCAGCAACGCCUACAGAUUUAAAGUUUUCAGUGUUAAUAUUGAUUUUUUUUUUUCAUUCGACGAUGUAUCAGGUGCCCAUAACAAGAGAGAUAGGAGACGCUAUCGGAGAAGUUCAAGCGGUUGACGAGGACGGUGGGAAACAUGGGAUAGUCAGUUACCGAAUCGCAGACCUGCAGUCAACAGUAUCUAUUGACCCGGUCACUGGCGUGGUUUUCGGCUCUGCGGUAUCUUUAGUUCAAUUCUCAGUUUCAGUUGUCUUUGCGCAAGAGCCUCGGCAAGCGGAAGAACACAACUUUAGAGCAAAUAACUGUUGUAGCGAUGAGCCCUGCGAAACAGUCAACGACUACAGUCUUGUUUGAAGUUUUCUUUUUCUUUUCCUUUUCUCUCUGAUUUUCUGUUUUAGUUUGGUCAAUUCGCGAAUACUAGCCAACUUCUGAGUUUCUUCCAACUGAAAUAUGUCCAGAUCUUCUGUUUGGCAACAGUUUUGCUUCUGUUCUGUCUACUUAUUGUUAUGAUAAGCUGCAUGGCUUGCAAGAACAGAGAUGCCGAGAACGUUCCUAAAAAGGAGGUAAAGCUGUAAAAACAACGUUGCAUUCGAUAAUCUAGUCAUUGGAGAUUUACUCGGUGGAAAAACGGAAACUGAGUGAUCAUCCAAAGCCUGCUAUCUUCAAUGCGAGAGCGGCUGGCAAGGUUUCGAAAGGAUUUCUCGAGCUCCGAAGUAAUGGUAGAGACCUUUUGCAGGCGUGCUCGAUGACGUCAUCGUCGUCAAUGAAUUCUUCAGCGAUCAGACGCGUCGACCUCGUCUCCACGCGGUCGCACGUCGACUCAGGCAUCGAUCCUGACACCGUUUCAGUCAAUUCCUCAGUCACUGACUAUCUUGUGUCCAUCGGCGUCAAUCCCAACCCGAUUCCUGCACGCCUCAAGUUAGUGUUUCCGAAUUUCUUCAUUUCAAGCUUUGAGUGAAUAUGGCCAAUAAAAAUGAAGUUCAAGACGAGUAUGUAUGUAAAGUUUUUCAUUUCAACUUUCAUGGCUUAGUUGCGGUCGCGCAAACCUUCACUCAGCGGGGAAUAAAAGUUUAAGUUUUAAAUAAAAUAAGGAACGAUUCAUACCAGGUAUCUGCGCCUAGGUAAAUCGAUUUUGCAAAUAACUCGUUUUCGAUUCACGUAAAUUCACUUGGUGACAUCUUGAAGUAAUAGGUGGAUCUUUCUAGAAAUUUCAGCAGUGUGCCAUGAAAAAUAUUAUUCUGAGAAAAAUUCAAAAAUUUAUCAAAUGUUACGUGGGAAAAAUUUUGUUGUCGAGAUUUUCAACUGUUAUGAAACUCGCCGUGGUGAACGGAGUGAUGAUUUUCAUAUAACUUUCACUUUCAAGCUCUUUUGUGAUUUCCAUAAUCUCAGGACAAACACGACAUACGACUCGUUGAACAACUCCAUCCUCAACGAGUACAUCUAUGCCAGGGUCGACGACGUCAUCCCACCUGGACCCAUCAAUCUGUCACGAACACUCGACAUGAUGGAUCCGCCACGUUCAACGGCAUGUUCCGCCUCGAGCUUCUCAUACGAUCUUUUUACAGUACUCGACGCAGCGUCCACACGCAGUUCCGAGUUUCCAGCCGCUGACAGAAAUCUUUUCGGAGAUAGCUGAAAUGCAGCGAGAAGAAAGACAGCGUCAGUACGUACAAGUCGAAAUUUGA